AUGACAUUAGUGGAAGAUAUGAAGGCUGAGUUAUAUCCAGGGUGUACCACAUACAAGAGAUUAGAGUUCAUUAUCUCAUUGUUACACAACAAAGUAAGCAAUAAGUGGACCGAUAAGUCUUUUUCAAUGUUAUUGAAGUCUUUGCAUAGGGCUUUUAAUUAUGACAAGCAUUUUCCUGCAAAUGCUCAUCAAGAAAAAAAAUACACAAGAGCAUUGGGGCUAGAUUAUGUAAAGAUUGAUGCUUGUGUUAACCAUUGCAUUUUGUAUCGAAAGGAAUUUGCGAAUGAAGAAAAAUGCCCUAAAUGCCUGGCUCCUAUAUGGAAGGAGAAAGUCGUGCAUGGCGGUGAUGAAUAUUCAGAUGAUGAGGAUGUGGAUGUCCAAAAGGCAACUCGAGUUCCUCAAUUAAUCUUGCGUCAUUUCCCCUUAGUUCCGAGGUUGCAAAGGAUGUUUAUAUCUUCAAAGUUAGCAAGGCAUAUGCGAUGGCAUAAAGUUGAUAAUAAAGAUGAUGGUAUAAUGAGACACCCAGCAGAUUUAGAAGCAUGGAAGUCUUCGGACACAACAUUUCCCGACUUUGCUAAAGAUGCACGUAAUGUACGCUUGGGUUUAGCUAGUGAUGGGUUUAAUCCGGGGGCUAACAUGAGUAGUAGAUAUAGUAUUUGGCCAGUGAUGUUGGUUCCAUAUAAUCUACCUCCUUGGAUGUUCAUGAAGAACGAACUUAAUGAAUUAUGGGAGUCUGGGGUAAAAGCCUUUGAUGCCCAUGCCAAGGAGACUUUUAAUAUGCGAGUAGUGUUGUUGUGGACUAUUAAUGACUUUCCCGCUUAUGCUAAUUUGUGGCUACCAGAAGAUCAUAAAUGGAGGCUUAAUAAGAGGUCGUUUGGUGGGAAAGUGCAAAGGGGUCCUCCUCCCGAUCAUCUAACAGGGCAUGAUGUGAUGGAACAAUUAACUGGAUACUCAAAUGUAGAGUUUGGAAAAGAUGUUAGUGGAAAACGUAAGAGAGGUGAAAUAUAUAUCGUGCAUCAAUGGAAAAAACUAAGUAUUUUCUACCAAUUGCCUUAUUCGAGGCAUCUCUUGGUUCGGCACAACUUUGAUGUGAUGCAUGUGGAAAAGAAUGUAUGCGAAAGUAUCUUAGGCACCAUUCUUGAUUUAACGGGAAAGAAUAAGGACUCUCUAAAUGCUCAAUUGGACUUAGCAGACAUGAAAAUGCAUGACAAGUUACGCGCAAAAUCACUUGGGAAUAAUAAAUGGCAAGUCCCACCGGCACCUUACAACUUGACUUUGAAUGAAAAGAGAAAAAUAGUAACACUUUUAUCCAAAUUAGCUUUCCCAGACGCUUAUUCAUCAAAUAUUUCACGGUGUGCCUCCUUGCAAGAUGGAAAGGUAAUGGGAAUGAAAACUCAUUAUCAUCAUGUUUUCAUGCAAGAUUUACUUAUGCCGGCAUUCAAAGGUGUCUUAGAUGAGAAUGUUCUAGAGCCUUUACAAGAGCUUAGUUUGUUUUUCAAGCAAUUGUGUUCUAAAACCUUAAAGGUUGAUGACCUAAAGCAAAUGGAAAAAAUAUAG